AGUGUAACCUACACAGGAAGCUCUCAGCAUGGUUGCAGUAAAGGAACAACCCCCUCCCCUGUGUGUGAAAUGUAUUUACCGUUCAGCAUAGGCUGAUGACUUGACAUUACAAAGCAGCUCAUGUUGUGAGACGACAGAGGUGCCAAAUUUGGUGGAGAGGAGAUUUGCAGUCAUGUCCGCUCGAACUGCAAAGAAAAAAAGAAUUGGUUCACGCCGCCAGUUACCAAACCAAAGUAAAACCGAUGAGACUGAUGAGUUCCACGUAACUGACAGUACCUCUGUAGCACAAAGCCACAUACCAGAAGAAAAUACUGAAUCACUAAAUGUGUUGGCUUAUCCUGAAAAUUCACAAUCUGAAACCCAUCGUCCACCUUCACCAGAACUCACAGGAAACAGAAGAAAACUGGGGUCUAGUCGAAGAAAUAAAAGAGGACAGUAUGUCAAGGAAUCAGCGACUGAAUCAUACCACGAAGAUAGAGAGGAAGUUGAGGAAAAUGUCAGGUGUAAUGAAACCCCCGAAACAACACAAAUGUCACUGGCAGUACAUCCUGAGAGGCAGGAAAAAUUAAGUCAAGGGAGUGAGCAUGAUAUCAUGUCUACUACACCUGACAGCUCUUUGUAUUUGGCCACAACACCUGAUUUUACUAAUGAGGUUCAGAGCUUGACUAAAACAAACCAUCCAGAGGCUGACCUGGAAAGUUUAAUUCCUAAAAGUGAAAAUCUGCAAGCAGACAAAGAUGAAUAUGAGAUGGACUGUAAAGUAAUGUCUGAUUCUUGUAAAUUAGAAGAAACCAAGCAGCAAGGAAUUGACAAAUCUGACACUCGUCAAUAUGAGGAAGUCAAAGAAAAUGCACAUCUUGCUGGAAUCUUUGAGUUAACUGGUGUAAGUGUACUUUCAUAUCCCACAGUAGAUCCACAGUUGAUUGACCAAUCAAAUUUCAGGGAGAUGCCAGAAAAAGAACUUCCCAAUGAGUAUUCUGUAACAGAAAAAGUAAGGAAGGAAAGAAAUGAUGACACAGAAUUGUUAAGGCACGAUGGAAAUUUACAGGGCAGCUAUGUGGUGAGUGAGUCACAUAUAGAAUCAGCAGUUAUACAGUUUUCUAUCACACCAGAGGUAACCACAGAUGAAAGCAGCCCAAAAGAAGAUACUGAAGCCGAUUUUUCAUCACCAAAACAGGACUUGCCCACAGAUGAGGAACAAAAAGAUAUUUUCAACUUAUCUACAGUCAGAGGUGCUCAUCAGUCAGAGGAUGCUUUAAAGAAAGUGCAUGAACUGGAGUUUGAGCCAACACAAAUGCAAGAAACUGAUUACUUCUCUGAAAGUGUGAUACAUGAUGCCACAGAAAAUUUUGAAAUAAUUUCUGCAAGCCUGAUGGACCAACCUGAAGUCAGUAAUACACACCAAUCUGAGUUGAUUGUGAAAAGCACUAAUGAUUCUGCUACCAAGCAGGAAGAUUCAAAUCCUGAUGACAAACAUGAUGACCAUCCUACAAAAGAAAACAACUUCGAGGCUUUAGACUACAGAAAUGAGGAUUAUCAUGUACAUGAUACCAAUAAACCACAGAUCAGUGACAUGGAAAGAGUAGACACUGCACUUGGUCAGGUGUAUGAGGGCGAAGGCCGAGUAGAGGAUGAUAUAAAACCCAGUGCUGAACAAACAGGUCAUCGGGCGCAGGAAGGACUCUUCUCUGAAAUAGAGGAGAGCGAAUCUUUACAAACCCUGCAAUCAGAAAUACAUACUCCUUUGGACUCCCAACCUCAGCAAACCGACACCGGCUUCAACCCCAUUGGGAACAGAAGGAAACUGGGGUCUAGCCGUAGAAAUAAAGGAAGACAGCAUGCCAAGGACUCUGUUGCUGAAUCAUACCACAGACAUACAGAGGAAGUUGCUGGAAAUACCAUAGAUAAUGAACCCCUUGAAGAAAUACAAAUGUCAUUAACAGUAGAGACAACAGUGCAGGAAAAAUCAAUGGAAACCAUGCUGGAAGAAAUAAACACAUCUAACACUGCUAAGACUGAAGAAGUCAGUGAUCAAGUCAAAGAAAAUGCACAUGUUGACACACUUGUUGGAAUCUCAGAGUUAAAUAGUUCAAUUUUAUAUCCAAGUUUAACAGUAGAUCAACAGCUAAUCAACCAAUCAAAUUCCACAGAGAUGCCAGAAGAAGAACUUCCCAGUGCGUAUUCUGAAAAAGAAAAUGAGGAAAGAGAUGAGGACACUGAAUUGUUAAGGUCGGAUGGAAAUUUACAGGACAACUAUUUGGGGAGUGAGUCACCUUUGAAAUCAGAAGAUAUUGAGUCGGAGAUAUCCACAGACAAACACAGCCUCAGAGAACAUACAGAACAUGAAUGCAGUGUUGAGCAAGCAGAUUUUUCAUCACCAAAACAGGACUUGCCCACAGAUGAGGAACAAAAUGAGAUUUUCAUCUUAUCUACAGUCAGAGGUGGUCAUCAGUCAGAGGAUGCUGUAAACAAAGUGCAUGAACAGGAGUUUGAGCCAACACAAAUGCAAGAAACUGAUUACUCCUCCGAAAGUAUGACACAUGAUGCCACAGAAAAUCCAGUAAUCAUUUCCGGAAACCUAAUAGACCAAGCUGACAUCAGUGACACAUACCAAUCUGAGUUGAUUGGGAAAAGCACUAAUGAUUCUGCUACCAAGCAGGAAGAUUCAAAUCCUGAUGACAAACAUGAUGACCAUCCUACAAAAGAAAACAACUUCGAGGCUUUAGACCACCGAAAUGAGGAUUAUCAUGUAUAUGAUACAGAGAAACCACAGAUCAGCAACGUGGAAAGAGUAGACACUGCACUUGGUCAGGUGUAUGAGGGCGGAGGCCGAGUAGAGGAUGAUAUAAAACCCAGUGCUGAACAAACAGGUCAUCAGGAGGAGGUAGGACUCUUCUCUGAAACGGAGGAGAGCGAAUCUUCUUUACAAACCCUGCAACCAGAAAUACAUACUCCUUUGGACUCCCAACCUCAGCAAACUGACACCGGCUUCAACCCCAUUGGGAACAGAAGGAAACUGGGGUCUAGCCGUAGAAAUAAAGGAAGACAGCAUACCAAGGACUCUGUUGCUGAAUCAUACCACAGACAUACAGAGGAAGUUGCUGGAAAUACCAUAGAUAAUGAACCCCUUGAAGAAAUACAAAUGUCAUUAACAGUAGAGACAACAGUGCAGGAAAAAUCAAUGGAAACCAUGCUGGAAGAAAUAAACACUGACACUGCUAAGACUGAAGAAGUCAGUGAUCAAGUCAAAGAAAAUGCACAUGUUGACACACUUGUUGGCAAGCUAACUAGUUUGCAUUCAAGUUUAACAGUAGAUCAACAGCUAAUCAACCAAUCAAAUUCCACAGAGAUGCCAGAAGAAGAACUUCCCAAUGUGUAUUCUGAAACAGAAAAAGAAAAUGAGGAAAGAGACGAGGUCGCUGAAUUGUUAAAGCUGGAUAGAAAUUUACAGGACAUCAUUUUGGUGAGUGAGUCACAUUUAAAAUCAGAAGAUAAAGAGUAUUCGAUCACACAAGAGAUCACCACAGAAAAAAGCAGCCCUGGAGAACAUACUGAAGCUGAAUGCGGUGUUGAGCAAGCAGAGUUGAAAGAGGAGUUGACUCCAAAUGAGGAACAAAAAGAGCAUGUUAACUUAUCUCAUGUCAGAGGAGCUCGGCAUUCAGAGAAUGUUGUAAAUGAAGAGGAGGUUAAGCCAAUACAAAUGCAAGAAAGGCCUCAAAUGGAUUAUUCUUCAGUUAAGGAGAGCAAAUCUUCUUUACAAACACUGAAGUCAGAAAUGAAUGCUUCUUUGGACUCCCAACUUCUGGACAAUUCUCAGGGUAUCAAAGAGCAAACUCACGCAGGCUUCAAGUCCACAGGAAACAGAAGGAAAUUGGGGUCAAGCCGAAGAAAUAAAGGAAGACAGCAUGUCUGUGUUACUGAAACAUACAACGAACCUGAAGAAGAUUUUGUAGAAAAUACGAGAGGUGAUGAAGUCCUUGAAACAACAAAAAUGUCAUUAGGAACGGCAAUGAGGCAGGAAGAAUUAAAAGAGCAAAUUGACCUAGACCUCAAACCUGCUAAGGAAAUAAGAAAAAUUGGAUCAACUGUAAAUGUCAAAGAAAAGACACCAGAAGAAGACACAAUUUUGUCACAUAAUGUUAUGGACAACAGUACAAUUGUGACAACAAACAGUACUUCAAGAUCAGGCAAAGAUGACUUUGUCAAAUCCAGUAAGGACGUCACUGAGGAAGGAAAGAAUUUCAUGAAAGAGCCUAAGAAUUCAAGUGAACUAACAAGAGAUGACACCGUUAAAAUGGACUCUAUACAAUGGAAAGAUGAUUCAGACAUACAGAAUAUCUCAUAUCAUGAUGACAACGUGACUUCCAGGUCAAUCGCUUUGAACGUUCUUGAGCAAGAAGAAGCCUUUCUGGUACAAAACACAGAAGCUUUAUAUUGUGACAAAGAUUCACAGAGACAAGAAAUGAAUAUGCAACAGACAAAUGAUGCAAUAGAAACUGUGGAAGAUGUCGCAAUAAAAGACUACAAUACAGAAGCGGAGAGUUUAAUCAUUGUACAAGUUUCUGGACAGGAUGAAAUUGGCAAAAGAUUUGAAGAUCCUACGAAGAAAGAUAGUGAAGCCCAAGAAAUGAAUGCUUCACAGGAGAUCUCACAUGCUGCACAAAACAAAACUGACACUUUGGUUCCAUUUGACAUUGGUGUCAAGGAAAACUUCAAAGCAGAGCCAGCUGUGGAUAUGUCUGAGGAAAGUGGAAUUUUUACAGCAGUGGGUGCAUGUAAUACCCAACAAGGGAUACAAGACAAAACGGAUUUAGAUAACAGUGAAAAUUUGCGAGGAAAAUCCAAACAGAAGAGGAGAAAGAUGGGCUCUACACGCCAGAGGAAACCAGAGGGAGGAAUUGAUAACAAAAAUGAAACAAGAGAAAGUGAUUUUAACAUAGAAGCUGACAUGAGAAAUCUUGAGAAGGUGGAAGAAGUGGAGGAGUUACCAAUGAUUGUAACCGCAGAGGUAUCACAGAAUGAAAAUGCCAGUCCCAUGUAUAAAGAACAACAGGAAACUAAACAAACCAGCAUUUUUCACAACAAAGGGCAAAAGCUACAAAGCAGUGCCUCUGACCCGCAGAGUAUACAGAGCAAUAUGAUGUCUGACAUAGAUGAUUUAAAGGCUCUGCUUCCUGAGCAAUCUGCCUCCCACAAUGAAGAAGCUGUUAAUCCUGUUACAUCUGUCCAUGUAGCUGAGGUAAGGGAUAGUGAGAGAAAUGUCACAUCACACCUAGAUCAGAAGCUAGAUUCAAAUACUGAAGACGCUACAAACAGUGGUAUCACAGGAGGGAGCUUUGUGUCUUUACGUGAGAGUACACAAAAUGAUGAGGAAAGGCCAGAGAGUGUAAAGGUAAUACAGGACCAAGCUUUGAAAUCUGUAGAGGCACCAGUUGUGGCUGUGGCAGAUUUGGAAAUAGUGCAAUCUGUAGUCAGAGGAGGAGCUGGAGAAGAGCAUAAGAAUGUCCAGGCUUGUAUACAAGAGCCGUGCAACGUGAAUGAAGUAUAUUACGAUAAAAAUAUCGAGAUGAAGAAUGCAAGUCCCAAUUUAAAUUCGACCAAUAGGAGAAGAAAGAUGGGCUCCACCCGCAGGAAUCUCAGCUCACAAACCAAAGGGGAAGACUUGCAUCAAAAGCAGUUGGUGGAUAAUGAGGCAACAGAGAUCACAACAAAUGCUGGAGAUGUAAAGACUGAAAGUUUCUCAGGCAUCAAAGAAAAAGAGCUACAAUUUCAAAUAGAACACGACAGUGACUCUGAACAAAGGAAGGAAAAAGUAUUUGAAACAGUGGAGUACAGCCACACUGGGUCUCACUUCAAACCUCCAGCUCACCAGACAUUUGAAGAAAAUCUUGUUUCUCAUGGCAAACUAGUAGAAACAGAGCAUCAGCUACCCCCCAGUUAUCUCCCUGCAAUACCAUCCAUUUCCCCCAAACAUGAUGUAAUGUCCGAAUCAGCAUCUGGUAGGAGAAGAAGAAAAAUGGGAUCUCACCGGAAGUCACAUGGACACCAAAACAUUGAAAACCAAACUGCAAGAGGGGACAGGAUAACAGAUACACAAAAUGGGAGAGAUGUCAGAAGUAUCACAGAUGAAAGUGCCGUCAAGACAACUGAAGAAGAAUCGCUGGGCCUGGACAAAAUAUUAGAGGUUGAUGAAAGUUACAAGAAAGCAUCUUCCAGCAUAAGCACCUCAAAGGCAGGAAAGCACUCAAGGCCUGUGAGUGAGAAGACACCUGAACAUCAAAAGACGUUUUCUCUGGCAGGUAAUUCCAGAGGAGCAGAUCUUAAAUCAAACGGUUACAAUGUGAUAAUGGUUGGAGACAGCAGUGUGGGCAAAACCUCCUUCAUGAAAAGAGCUCAAAGUGGGAAGUUUUCUUUAGAUAUACCCAUCUCUGUUGGACUUGAUUCCUGCAUGUGGACUGUGGUAGUGGAUGGAAAACCUGUGGUGCUACAGUUGUGGGAUACAGCAGGUCAAGAAAGGUUUCACAGCAUCACAAGGCAGAUUUUCCAUAAAGCCCAGGCAUUUCUCUUGAUGUAUGACAUCACUUCCUCUCAGAGUUUUUCUGCCAUCAGCUACUGGGCAGACUGUAUUCAGGAAGGUGCUGCAGAAAACGUGACCAUUUUACUUAUUGGGAAUAAGAGUGAUCAUGCAGAGCGGCAGGUUAAAACUCAGCAGGGGGAAAUUCUCGCUAAGGAGUACAACUUUGAAUUCAUGGAGUGUAGCGCUGCCACAGGUGAAAACGUGAUUCACUCUUUGGAAACUAUAGCCAGGAUGUUGAGUCAAAAAGUUGCCACAAGAGAGGAAGCCAUGGUGUUACACAAAGAGCCCCAACAGAAAAAAUCAUCAGGAUGUUGCUGAACAGAUGUGGGUCUAAAACUGGGGCUCAAUCUGCCUUUGGUUCUUUUAAUCUGUUUUUAUUACAAAUUGUAUUAAUUUAUGCAAAUGUACAUAUACGUUAAAUUUCCUUUUCACAAUUACCUUUAGCCGUCUGAGCUUAGAAAUUUCCCUGGGAGAGGGUGUUAUGAUGGGUCCUCACUGUGUACCUUCAUGUAUAUAUAUUAUACUGUAUAGCUGGUGCGGGCUUUCUUUAGAGGCAGGUCAAUGAACAGCUGCAAGUGAUCAAGAAAAUAGUUGUCACAUAAUGAAUAAUGGAUUUUUUAAAAUAAUUUUAUCAUUUUGCCCUGUGUUUUAUCUUGUUAUCUUGUUGUUUUUCCUUCUGGAACAUGAAUGCCUUACUCUGCUUGUGCAAUUUGAAAUGAUCACAUUAAGUCAAUAUUUGUAGAGUUCCAGACUAGGUAUUUCCAUUUGAAGAUGUAUGAACUAAUCUCACUGAGAAACUAAACUUUUAGUACUUUAGCACUUUCUGUUCAGAAAAGUUUCUCAGGUCCUCAGUUGAAAUAAGAAAACAGUUUCCACAAAGAGAAUCUUCUAUAUUGUAUUUACAUGUCUGUGAUUGCUCUACAGUGUCUAUACUUGUCUAUGCUUAAUUCUUAAUUUUACUUUCAUGACACAAAUAUAUAUUAAAUGUAUGUAUAUACUGUUUCUGAAUCUUAACAGGUAAAUGACCUCUUGAAAGUUACAAAACAUGGUACCAAAUUGAAAUUAACAAGGGUCUACUAAAAUUUAUAUUUAUAUUUAUAUAAUAAAUAUUACUUUUUGUCAUACAUUUCAGUGUUUACAAGCAGCUGCAAUGUGUCUGUGAACAAGGGCAUCUUUUAAUUUUUGUAGCUGUUUAGCGCACAGUGUUAUUUAAUAAUUACAUUAAGUUUAUAAUGAUUUUGUAUAUUUACCAUCUGUUCUAAAUGAAUGGUGUUGUGGUUGGCACUCGACCUACAGGUCAGCCACGUAACCAUAAAUACAUUUCGUGCCUCUAUAAUGAAACACAGUGGUAGCAAAGUACUUAACAGGCUUUAAAUAUACAUCAAAGUAUUUUUUGGUUCUGUGUAUUGCUCUAUAACUUGUGUUACCAAAUAGCUUUAAUCAAAUUCUUAUGUCAUCUCCUGCUUAAUAAACCUCCAACGACUGCA